AUGCCAAAAGAGUCAGAGCUGACUCCAUGGUUGCAACAUGUUGAGGAAGAAGAAGAGAUGAAAUUGGUGGCUGAUCUUUCUCAGCAACAACAAAACCAGCAACAACAAAUGCUUCCGGAUACCACCACCACAGAAACACAAAAUACCACUCGGGGAAAUAGUCAGUUCAAACAUCAACCGUUCUAUUAUACAGCAGCAGCAGCAACAACAACAACAGAAAAUACUUCUGCCCACAUGGAUCAUAAUUAUGAACCAUCGUCAUCCUAUCAACAAUAUCAAGAAAUGGAUCAUCAUGAUAUUACUUUUCAUCAAAAGCAGAUCGGACACGAUCGACAAUUCAUAGACGAUGAUGAAAUUCUUGAUUAUCGAGUUAAAGACUAUAUUCGGCAACGUAAAAAACGAAAAGAAAAAUUUAACAUGUGUUGUGUCUGUUUUCCGAAAUGUGUGAAAUCGAGAAAUGCCAUUUCUUGUGAUCCUCGAAUUGGAAUGGUGGAUUUAUCAAAUGAAAAUGUGUUUUUUAGAUUUGUAGUGUGGGCCUUAUUUGCGAGAUUAUAUUUUGAAGCAAUAUAUUUGACAAAAGUGUUUUUGAUUUUCAGUGACGAAAGAAUGGAUGCAAUCAUACUGAAAUGUGAUUUUAGAGAAAUGCUUUUUGGUGGAUUUAGUACGUUCAAAGCUGUUUAUACAGUUUUAGCAUUGUCUGGCAUGUUUUGGUCUGUUUCGUUUUUAAAUUCGGUGACUUCUCUGAAUUUCAAGAAACGAUUACCUGCUCUCAUAUUCAUUGCCAUUGCAGUUGCCAUAGAUGUUUCUCUCAAUGCAUGGAGUAUUUCAUGUUACAAGACAAAUCUAUUUGAUAUUGUGCCAAAUGUCAAACCCUAUCCAUUCCUUAGUCCUGGUGAGACUCAAUUUCGAUUAAUGAAUGCCAGUGCCAUCCUAGCUUCACAGAGUCAAUUUUUUCAAUUUCUUAAUGAAUCAGCUCGAACUAUGAAGCACAAUAUUCAAACAUCUCAAUUUAAUUUCGUAGAGGCAUAUUUAGUCGUAGAAUGGAUUUUAGCAUUUCUAUUGAUCUUUUUAUUGGCUGUACCUUUUAUAGCAGCCAUAGUUCAUCAUGCCACAGGCAGAAAACAUUUGCAAUAUUUCUCUUUUUAUGAACUUCGUUUGAAGCGAUUUUAUGGAUAUGUGAGAAACUUAUUUUCAAAUACCAAGAGACAGAGAAACAGAAAACACUUCUUUUCCGAGAGUGGUUCUUAUUCGUCGUCGUUGACAGCUACUCGUUCAUCCCUCUCCACAAGUUUAGAAGUUGAUGAUAUUGAAAAUGAAAUUAAUGAGAAAAUUGAAGCAUAUUGGAGAGAAAGCGACAAGAAAUUAAUUGUGAAAUUCUUUGUCGUGUAUUGGAUGAAAAUUCGUUACUCUUUGAGUGCUUUGAGGAUUAGGAUCAAAAAGAAGCUACAAAGCAUGAAAGGAGGUUUUUCUUCUUUCUUUUUCCCAUCACGAUUAAUUAUUGGACUCUCCUCUUCCGUACUAAUUGUGGUUUUAAUUUUGACAACCUUUGCUGCCUUGUCUCUCCAUGUUGGCUAUUCUGCAUUUAAUAUUCUCUUCAUUAUUAGCGUGUUAUUGUUUUGCUUUCCACAAAUUAUUGACUUUGAAAAAUUUGAUACCUGUCAAACAGGUGUCUCAAGUGCUCUGAUGCGAGUGGUAGAUUUGAUUGAGGUUAAUUUUUUUAUUGCUGAAAUAUUGACCUUUAUUGUAAUUGUGGUGAUUAUUAUUUUAAUUUUACGCAAUUACAAACGUCAUAUUCAAAGUUACAGAAAAGGCAAGCUACCUUUCAACCUUUCGUCGUACUCGAUCAUUAAUGCUUCCAAUUAUCCAGGUCUUCAAUCGGCUCACUUUGCCCUUGCCACUGUAGUUUAUUUUGCCAUCAUUUAUAUUGUCUUGAUCAUUAUUGGGCUUAUUAUUUUCAUGCUAUCAGUGUUGGGACAAGCCAUAGGUCCAAUGAUUGAGGCCUUCUUUAAGAGCUUCUUUGUGGUUGAGAAUUUACCUCUCAUUUUGAACAUCUUUACAUUUUUGGGAACAAAAAUCACAACUGUAGUGUUGGCCAUUAUUUUGAAAUUAGUAUUCCUUCGUAAAAAGGGUACUUGGCUCAUUCAUAACGCACUCUUCAGCGUGUUCGAUGUUCUUUUCAUUACUGUCAACUAUGUAUUUGGUUUCAUCGUUGCAGGUAUUAUCAGCACUUUGAAGACAGUAAUAUUUGCCUUAUUGAACUAUGUUCGGAUGGAUCAACCUCACAAUCCAGGAUUUAACUCAUAUGCAGGAUUGUUAAAAUUGGAUGCCCAUCAUUCAGAUCCCAUUAUUAAUGUUUUUAUUGACAUGUUAAAAAAGAAAGCACGUAAGAAGGAAUUAUUGAUUGAACACAAAAUUCGAGAAAAUCCCAAUAUUACCAUGGAUCAGCUGACACAAGAAACCACGAGUGUGAACAAGACACCCAAAUUGAAGAAUUACUUGAAAUUGAUUGCACUUCUCUCCAAGAAUCACCAACUGGCGCACGAAAGAAAAUCCAUGACCUCUGAAUAUUUCGACGAAGAGGAAUACGAGAAAAAGAGGCACAAGUAUCUGAAUUCGUAUUUGAACAACACAAGUAAAUAG